AUGUUAUCUAUAGGAGCAAUUGAAGAAGCCACAAAUCUUGUGACUUCUGGCUACAUAACUCCUGAAGGAGAACUCCUGGAAGCCCCGUCUUCCUCCUCAUGCCCAUUGCUUGACCAGAGCCACCCUGCACUCAGGAGAGCUUCUCGGUUUGCUCAUUGGGCCAUCCAUCCAACCUUUAACUUGAAGAGCCUGGAGGUGUCCAGGGAUUCCCGUACAGUGACUGUGUCUCACCGCCCACAACCCUAUCGCUGGAGCUGUGAGAGGUUUUCUACCAGCCAGGUCUUAUGUUCCCAGGCCCUGUCUUCUGGAAAGCACUAGUGGGAAGUGGACACUAGGAAUUGCAGCCAAUGGGCAGUUGGGGUGGCUUCCUGGGAGAUGAGCCGCGACCAGGUCCUGGGAAGGACUAUGGACUCUUGUUGUGUAGAAUGGAAGGGGACUAGCCAGCUCUCUGCAUGGCACAUGGUCAAGGAAACUGUCCUUGGCUCAGACGGACCUGGGGUGGUGGGCAUCUGGCUGAAACUUGAGGAGGGGAAGCUUGCCUUUUAUUCAGUGGACAAUCAGGAGAAGCUUCUGUAUGAAUGUACCAUCUCUGCCUCCUCUCCUCUGUACCCUGCCUUCUGGCUGUAUGGCUCACAUCCUGGAAAUUACCUGAUAAUAAAGCAAGUGAAGGUGUAA